AUGGCCGAAUGCGGCGCGCUGUAGCAUACUUGGGCCUAUUUUAUAGGCUUGGCAACACAUGUGUGUUCAACGUACGUUAUUAUUUUUACUAUUGUACAGACGUACUUCACAGAUAACAGACUUUUAUCUUUCACUACUAUUUUGUAUUUUGCAUAUAACUUAUAACUUACAACUAUUAGUAUAACAAUUAACGAAAAACACCAGUCAUUUUUUUUCAUUACAUUCAGUAUUUAUGUUAAACAUACAAGUGACGAUUCUAUACUGUACCUAAUUUGUCUAAUUGAAAAUAAUUACUAUGGCCCCAAAAUUAUCCGAUGCAGCUUAUAGAAUAUUAUGAGAGAAACAUAGAUCCUAAUAGAUGGACAGUUUUAAUGAAGACUAUUAAUAUAUCAUAAAUUGUAUUAGUGUUAUGUGGUGGUUUUCAAUACAGGAUUCUGUGUCAGCACUUUAAACAAUGAAAUUAUUUACCACUUUACCUGAGCAAGUCAAUAAUUAUUACAAUUGGGCUUUGUCAAUGUCAGAUGACAGGACCAAAGGAUGGUUAAUGGUUGAUUCUCCUGUACCAACUCUUACCUACAUAUCUAUAUACCUCAUUAUCGUUUAUUUGGGUCCAAAAUGCAUGAAAAACAAAAAACCAUUCAAGCUCACCUCACUUCUGAUAACUUACAAUGUUCUUAUGACGUUACUAAAUUUGUAUAUUGCCAUAGAGAUUUUGAUAACAUCUAGUCGUUUACACUACAGCUACAUAUGUCAACCGUUAACUUUCAUAAACAAUAUUUUUGAAUAUAGGUUGUUGAAUGCUAUAUGGUGGUAUUAUUUUUCCAAGUUGCUCGAGUUUAGCGACACGAUAUUUUUUAUUCUUCGAAAAAAGGAUCGUCAGCUGACGUUUUUGCAUGUUUAUCACCAUUCGACCAUGUUUGCACUUUGGUGGACUAUAGUGAAAUGGAUUCCUACUGGAUCUAUAUUUUUGGCAGCCAUGGUGAAUUGUUUUAUACAUGUAUUGAUGUACUCCUAUUAUGCUCUAAGUGCCCUAGGUCCGAAAAUAGAAAAAUACCUUUGGUGGAAAAAAUAUUUAACGAUACUUCAAUUGGUACAGUUCACUACAGCCUUAUUUUUGGGCAUUCACGGAAUCAAAUCUGAAUGUGCAUUUCCUAAAUGGAUGCAAUAUGUUUUAGUAGUUUACAUGAUUUCAUUUCUUGCGCUGUUUGGAAACUUUUAUGCUAAAGCAUACGUCGGGAAGGGUGCUGUUAAAAUAAAGAACAACAAAAACCAAAAUUUUGAUCACAUUCUAAAAGAUAACACGGAAUGUAUGGAUGAUAGUACAAAAAAAAUCGAUUAAAAAUAAAAUAUUCUUAGUUAUGUUGGAUUGAAUUUAUUAUGGAGACCGAUAAUGUUAAAAAUAAAUAUAAGUGCUUGUGAAAGAUUAUUAUAAUAAAAAUAUUGAUUUUACACUAAACAACAAUAAUUCACAGAACUUGUACUCAGUGCCUUGUAUAUAGGUUUAAAACUACACAAUGUAUUACAUUAUUUAAUUAUCAGCUUUCAGAUAUGCGUAUAUUAUUAUUUUAUUAUUGUUUUAAAAUUUAAGAUUAUUAGUACUAAUAUAAGAAAAAUAUUAUUAGGCACCCGUGGUCUGUUAGGUUUUUUGUUAAAAAAAAGACUUAAGGGAAAAGUGAUAACGCUUCAUGGUUAUCGGAUUUAGCUAAAUUGUUUUUGUUUGAAAGAAAAACAAUUACAAUAGUCUUUGUUUGAAGUCAUUAAAAGUUUGAAUGUAACUACUUUUUUAUCCGGUAUAUUUGUUUAUGAAAAUAAAACCAAAAAUCGAACCCUAUGUUAUUCAGACCGUCAAAAAUCUUACUUUUUUCAAAAAAAAAAAUCUGAUUGUUCUAUGUAUUGUUAUCACUUUUCCCGAAAUGCCAUUUUUCACCCUAAAAUAGCUUGAACUUGUAAUAAAAUAUACGUUUAAUACGAAAAUAUUACUUAAAAUUGUGUAUUGUUAUAAAAUGUUAUGUAGAUGUUCAAUAAAAAUUUUGAAUAGGUUUUUAUCAUUAUGAAAUAGUGUUCAUUUUUUAUUCAUAUUCCUCGUGGUAUUCACAGCAGAGUACCGCUUGUGAAUUUAGUCCAAAAAAAGACAC